AUGGAGGAGCCCAACACAACAGACCUCUCUCUGAACAACAGCACUGCUCAAUAUACAGACUCUCAAGCAGUUUUUACACCUGUGUGCACACCAGACUCUCGUGUGUUGGCAACUGCAGGUGUCUUCACUGGUAUUUCCUUGUGUGGUCUAGUGGGGAAUAUGGUGGUUGUGUGGUUCCUGGGCUUCCACAUGAAGAAGAGCCCCUUCACUGUCUAUGUCCUGAACUUGGCCAUUGCUGACUUCUCUCUGCUCCUCUUCCUUCUUGUUAUAAUUGUAGCAGGCAUUAUUUCAGAAGUGUAUUGUUUCUUCUCAUUUCCAUUAUUAUUGGCCCAUAUUGUCCUGAGAGAGGUGUUUCAUUUUUUCUAUUUUGCCAGCAUGAACCUCCUGACAGCGAUGAGCAUGGAGAGGUGCCUGUCUGUUCUGUUCCCAAUCUGGUACCGGUGCCACCGCCCAAAGCACUUGUCUGGCAUCAUGUGUGGGCUGCUCUGGACUCUCGCUGGACUCUGUGGCUCUUCGUUUUUCACUUGUACAUCUCUCUCUCGGACUACAACCUGUAACGAAAUAGCAAAAGGUGUAAGCACUGUGAAUUUUCUUGCUUUUUCUAUAUUCCCAUUCCUUUCCAACCUUUCUCUCUUCAUCAAACUCCGAUGCGGCUCAGAGAGACGAAGCCCAGGGAGACUGUAUGUUGCUGUGCUGAUCAGUGUGAUCUUCCUGUUCAUCUUUGGCUUUCCUUUGACUGUGUCUUUCUUUCUUCUUUCCUAUAACGGCACAUUUUCAUUACUACAUGCAAUGUUUUGCCUGCUGGCCUCUCUAAACAGCUGCACCAACCCCUUCAUUUAUUUCCUGGUCGGAAGCUGCCGGCAGCGCCGGCUCCAGGGCUCUGCCAGAGCUGCCCUUCGCCAAGUGUUUGAAGAGAAAGGGAUGAAGGAGGAGGGGAGAGACGUGCCAGGGGAGCCUGGGGUGGAGACAAGUCUGUGA